CAAGAUCUGACCCUUGACCCAGGUGAAAAUUAAAAAUUUUCAUUGCGAAUUUUCUCUCACUUCUGAGGGUUUCAUUGGGGCAGUGUCUAUUCACACGCUCCACGGUAACUUUGAUCGUGGAUAUACGGGACGUUUUCCCGUGGAUUCAAGGUACUUUCUACGAGUGUACGCUCUUGCACUCGAGCCUCGAAAAACAUUCAUAUUUUGUCUGACAUCUCUGUUAUGAACUCUGGUUUCCAACUCUGAAACAUAUUUUGGAGGAAAAAACGUAAAUUGAUGAAAAAUUAAUUGCUUUAAUAAGUAAUGUGGAGUUUGGGUAAAAUGCGACCUCUGAGUACCUCCAUGUAGCUUAAAAGAUUGCAGAUUUCCUCAGUAAUGAAAUGCACUGGGAUUGAGGGCCUUAGCUCCUUUAGUUUUCAAGAGAUGUUCAAUAAAUGGAAGUGAUCAUCGAUUAAGGCUCUUUUUUUGGUCUACGGCCUAUGAGAGCCGUGAAAAACGCCGUGCCCGUGAAAUGUCGGUAUCAAAUUUUACGCUUUUUCUAGGGUUUGGAUAGUUUGUAAAUUUCUUCAGGAAUUUAAUGCAAUUGAGAGAUUAUGGGAAAACGAAUAUUGAAAAAUUUCAACCGCAAAACAAAGAACUUGUUAUUGUGAGGGGGUGAAAGGGUGAAAAAGUAAUGUAAUAUUUUCACAAAAGCAGAACAAUUUUUUUGUACAGUGUGAUUGAUCGGUCAGGUCCCCGUGACACACAUCAGUGCGAGAGUGCUAACGGUACUUGCGAUGACCUACUCCUGUAUAUUUUUCUGUCUCACUCCAUCGACUCAAGAAACACCUUUGCAUCUCACUAGCACUACUGUUCUUCCUUCGGUCAAACGAGUGUGUUUCACCUCUGUUCAAGAAAGAAAAAAAAUGGUGGGAGUGAGAAGAGAAAGAGCUACUGUGAAAUAUAUUGCACACACUUUUUCACUCUAAACGUACUGUCGCAAUCAUUCGUUUCUUGUUCUUCUUCAUCUUCAGUAAAAUUUUUAAUUCUCUCGCUUCCUCACGUCCAUAUCACUGCGUCCCCUUCCUCUAUUUUCCGAAGUAGCAAUUGGACCGGGAAGAGGAUUAUAGGUGGUACCCAGUGAUGAAAGCUUCCUCAGCCACUGCGGAAGUAUUUCUGUCGGUUCGAAAUCCACCGGUGCUUAAAAUAUUACAUUUUAUACUAGACGUCCGCAUCUAAUAGUGAUUCUAUUAGUCAACAAAGAGCAGUAGAAAAAUUUUACUCACCCUCGACCUGAGAAAGUUAAAGGAAAAACGUCGUAUAAUUGUUCUUGAUUACUAUUAUAAAGUGAGAAUGAAGUGCGUAAGUUUUACAGUUUUUUUGUUGAUAUUGCUGUACGCUCUUUUCGGACAAUUUGGUACUGGUGAAUCAACAACUUUCAAUUAUGAUGCGUCGUCUGCCUGCAGUAAGCCAUAUUUACGCAAUGGUAGAGAGCAUUAUGAAAAACUCCCAUGUGACUUUCGCCGACAGAAUUGGUGUACAAUUGCCGGUAGCAACUAUCCAUGGCAUGCGGUUAGACGGUUUGUCUAUGAGAACCAAGGAUUGAUGCGGCGGAUGUAUGGAGAUGAAAAACAUAUUAAUGUGCUUAAGAAUGAACUUAAAAAAAAUGACAUCGAAUUGGAAUAUGAAGAGAACUAUCACAGAUAUUUUGAUGAUUUCCAACGAUCUAUGCAUGACGAUCAAUAUGAUUUUGAAAGAUAUGAAGAGGAGAAAAUUAAUGAAUAUCGAGGUCGGGCAUUUACCAGUGAAUUACCAAAACGUCGGGCAUUUACGCGAUUCUCCUUCAAUCCAACAGAAACAACUAUCACUAGUAGUAGUAGCAGUAGUAGUAGUAGUAGUAGUAGUAGUAGUAGUAAUAGUAGUAAUAGCAUUAAUAGUAGUAGUAGUAGUAGUAGUAGUAGUACUGCUGGUAGUACGACUUCUCACACGUCGCCUUUUCCGACCGAAUUUGAUUUUCCAGCUUCGGAAACAAUGACAGAUACAACUUCAACAACUAUGAAAUCUUUGAGAAAGUCUGUCAUUGAUUUAAAUGAAACUCGAGACAAAUUUAUUGAAAAAUCAUCAACAAUAUCAGGAGUAACUUUGUCGGAAAUAGCUCGAGUCAAAAACUCGAGUUUUAAUGAAAUCCCUGCAAUGCUGAAAACGGUUAAAGAAAAUAUUUCAGACAGCACCGUAACCGAAUGGCCCAGUGAAGUGGAAACAGUACAUGCCGCAACUAUUUUAGAAACAAAUGGAACCACACGACUACCAACUGUUUCUUCGAUCGAUCGAACGGACCAACUCUCUACGGGGGAAAAUAAAAAACAGUCAUCUUCGGAUGGGAAUCAACAACAAUUCCGACCGCGUCCAGAGUAUCAUCUGCCUGAAACAACCCAGCUGGACAGUUCAAAUGUUGAGGGGCAACUUUUUCAAGACUUUGUUGUUAAAGAUCAGCAAGAACAACCAGUUCUCAAACUUCGUGGAGUAAAUGCUUGUCCAGUGAAGGAUGAAGUAGUCGCUCCAUUCUGGGCGAAUAAUACAAAAGGUGAAAUACUCGCUUUACUCAAUCUAUAUCCCUUUGAACAAUUUCUUCAUUGGGAAAAAUGCACUAUUGCAAUAUUAUCAGGAUCUGCUGAUGGUCUGAACAUUGUUGCAAAAGAUGAGAAUAAACAAAUGUACUGUCGUGAGGGCUGUAAAUGCGAGCAGCAAUACCGACUCUACCGGCUUCUUGCUUAUGAUCCAAACAAUGAAUGUCGUGGUAUCUUCAGCGAUUGGUUUAAAUUUCCAAGCUGCUGUGUUUGCCGCUGUUAUGAUCUUCCAAUUGAGUUCCGCGUAACAUCAAGGUCGCCUCGAGCUCAUAAACAAACUCUCAAGAUACGUCAACCCGGCCGUCGAUGAUUUUUAUUUCCGUUGUAGCUUGAGAGCAGUGCAUAGCUUCAGGAAGGCAUCUUGUAAAAUCGCCAGGACAAUCCUGCAAGAGUUUAGUGGCUACACAUUCACUGAGAGGUCCAAUGAUCAAAACUGGCCUCAAUGUUGGAUAAUCAAGUCUCUCAACUCGCUGAUA